AAAGUGUACUCCACGAGCACAAAAGGGUUGCGAGUCGGUUUGGUUUGGGUUAGGUUUAGGUACAGCAUGCAGCCGAGAAAGGCCGCUGGGUUAAGUGCAGCUGGGAUGUAUUUUUACUGGCUAAAAUUGCAGUUAACCAAAGUUCUGUGUGAAGAGGAGCCAGCUCAAGUAGUCUUCCUCUUAUCCUGAUGGUCAUUGUGGGCAAGACCACAUGAAGAGGAGGUAAUUGUGCAGAUGUGUUUGCUGAAGCUCCAUAACAGUUUGAUGGGAAGAUGGCAUCCUCAGCUCAUCGACUACAGCCUACUUUCAGCAUUGAGCAGAUUGAGCUUAUUAGGCGGCUUCGCAAUAGUGGGCUGACAAAGGAGCAACUUCUUCAAGCAUUUGAAUCAUUAGAACGCAUUGACUCAGAGCUGGGCAACUUGUACACUGUACCUAUCUCUCUAAGUCAGGCCAAGUCAUUUGCUGCUGCUCCAGCACAGGCCAGCAGUUCUCGAGGGUUUCUUCUGCACAAUUCAGUCUCCCAGUCUGUAGAAUCACCCCCUGCAGCUCACAGUCACAUCAAUUCAAUUACCAGUUCAACUUCACAGCAUGUGAACCGCCGGUUCCAAGGUGUGAGAAGGGUGCGUGAUGUCAGCAAUGAUAGCGAGGAUGGCUGUGAUGAAGGCAGUGAUGGAUCGAAUAUUUCUGGGAUUCAGAUGAACAUUCUGGAAGCACAUCCUGGUACCAAGCCUUUGGUGCUGCUGAGUGACAGUGGUCUGAUGCAAGAAGUUGAUUUAUUUUUGAAGAAAGGCACAGAGAAGGUGCAUGAAGAGAUUCGGGAUUUCUUCUUUGCCAACCCAAACUUUACUCACAGUGACAUCGCUUUGGCUGCAGGUGUCAGUGUAACAUGCGUCAGCAAGUUCUUGGUGGGUAAUUUUACCUCUCUGCCCAACAUAGUGCUGCGCAGACUCACACAGUGGUUUCUGACCACUAGAAACCAACAUCAAAAUGCUCAGCAUCAGCAACGGUGCAACACCAGCACAUCAAAAAUGUUGCGUGAUGUUGUUCAGGAGCGUUUAAAUGGAGGAACAUCACCUGAUAAAGGAAUUCUUCACAUGACAGCAUCAGGGGAUGGUGUUACUAUUGAUGCUAAACCCAUUGAUUGCUUAAGCGCUGUUUCUAGUGUUUACACUGGGAUAGGAAUGUCAGAGGGGCUCGAUGUUCAUUUUACUCCACGACGCGAACGCUUCACCUUUCGCAAACAGCAUCUGGAGAUUCUGGAAGCAUGUUUUAAAACCAAUCAAUAUCCAACUUAUGAAGAGAGAAAUGAAAUUGCUAACAGGUGUAACAACAGUAUGGAGUCCACUACUGGACGAGGAUUAGGAGAGAAAGAACGAAUGACUGCUCAAAAUGUAGCAUACUGGUUUAGCAACCGCCGCAAAGAUAUCAAACGCCUUGCUCGUGAAGGUGGCAUUGAUAUGUCAGAAGUAAUUCUCCCAAGUCGGGUGCGUCGGAGUCCAACACCAUCUUUCUACAACAUGUCCAUAAACUACAUGCCAGUUGACAUGCCAAGUGUUGGGCCUAUUGCUUUCCCAGUGGCAAGCUUUGCAAGGACCACCUCUGACAGCCUCACAGGUGAGACUGGUAACUUGUCCUCGGACAGCCAGUCAAGUGAUGCAGUGACAGUCAAACAGGAGCCACUGGAUGAACCAGACUACCUCAAAGUGGUAACACCAUUCACAUCCAGUGUGCGAACACCAGGGGCUGCAGUGGAGAGGAUAUCGUCACAACUUUUGUCAUCUGCUGGCAGUGGCCGAACAGGAGCCAGCAGCAUUGACACUGCUGCAGAUGUACACAAGAGUGUUAGCAAGUUAGAGGUAGCGACUGUGGACAGCAGUGAUACAGAUGUCCAAAGUACUCUUGCUGAGAUACAAAGUGAGGAUGUGCAAUAAUUUUCCCCCGUCCACCAAGUGCAGAGUUAAAAACAAUUUCCGUCAUUGUUUUCUUGAUGGUGAUUCAUAGGACAUCAUCUUACUGCCAGCAUGAAUGAGCUAAACUAUUACUGUGGACUUCCAUAACACAGCCAGCAAAAUGUCUUCCCUAUAUUUCACAUGAGAUGCAUCAUUUGUCUUUCAAGAGUCCUUUGGUCAGGAGCAGUAAAUAAUGCAUAUGAAAUAGUCAUCAGACUACAGGGCAGCCAUAUACUUCAAAUUCUUCACAUUUUUUUUUAUUAUGUGGUGUCAGUUGUGGUCAGUGUUUAGGACAUAUCAGGUUUUACAUAUUGAUUGUUUGUUUGUCUUUGCAGUGGUGACUUGUCUGGAGUGAGUUAAAGUGCUAUGCGUGUAAGAUGACAAAACUGACAAGUAUGAUGUGUCAUAAGAGUACACCAUGCAUAUCAGUAGAUGUAGGAAGUCUCAGUCAUGGAAGUGCAUUAUUUCUUGUGUGGAGAAUACAGCUACUGUAAUAUCAACUUGUGCGAGUGUAAGCAUGCUGGUGGGCUUAUCUUUAUAUACGGAUGAUUGAUUUGUGGUGUUUCUACUGGAUUAGUACAUAAACAUAGAGUACAAAGUGA